UCAGACUCUCUUGAUUCCUUCUAUCAAAUUAAAAGCAUUAAAUUUUUUUUUUCUUCUCCUCUUUUUAGCUUUCUUCUUUAGUUAUUUUUGCCUUUUUUCUUUGCAAGAAGUUACUCUUCUUCUUUAUCCCCUUUGCUUUGCUUUUUUUCCUCUCUCUUUCACCCUUUAUUCCCCUCUUGAUCCUUUGUUAUGUGUUCAUAAAACAAUAUUUUUCUUUCACUUCUUUGAACCCUAGCCCUUUGGUUUUUCUCUUGUUUGUGAUUUCACAUGAAAUUUUAAGUUAUAAGGAAGAGAAAAAGAUGCCAUCUCCUCCUGAAUUGAGCCUUGAUUGUAAGCCUCAUAGCUAUUCUAUGUUGUUGAAAUCUUUUGUUUCAGAUCAUCAAGUGGCAGCUACUACUAACAAUACUCAAGAUCAACAUCAUCAAGAUCAUCAUCAUUCUUCACAAAACCAACUUGAAGAUUUGCUCUCUCGUCUUGAAGCUGAAAGACUCAAAAUUGAUGCUUUCAAACGUGAACUUCCUCUUUGCAUGCAACUUUUAACCAAUGCUUUGGAGACAUCAAGACAACAACUACAAGGGUGCAGAGUAAAUAGCAAUAAUAUUGAUGAUCAAGAAAAUGGUCAAAAACCAAUUCUUGAAGAGUUCAUUCCACUCAAACAAACAACCUCAGAAGGCUCAGAAAGCUUAUCAAACAUUUCUGAUAAGGCAAAUUGGAUGACAUCAGCUCAACUUUGGAGCCAAACAACAACAACAAAUAAUUUAACAAAUGAUGAAACAAAACCACAUCUUCCAAUUGAUCGUCAUCAUCAAAUUGGAUUAAUCCCAAAGCUUCAAAGAAACAACAACCACCACCACCAUAACAAUGGUGGAGCUUUUCUUCCAUUUUCAAAAGAUAGAAUUUUGCAAAAUUCUACUUCUUCUUCUCAUCUUCCCGAUUUAGCCCUCGCCGCUACCUCCACCAUCGCCACCGCCGCCAACUUUGGUGAUAAUGAUGGAAAUAAGUGUGGAAAUUCCAAUCACCACCAGCAGGAAAAUGGUAACUUGGUUACCGGAAAAGUGAAUUUGGGCGGUGAGGGACAAAUUAUUACAAGUAGUAGCAAUAAUAAUAGUAAUAAUAAUUCUACGGUGGUGGCUAAUAAUAAUAAUACUACCAACUCAACAAAUCAGACUCACCGGAAAGCUAGACGGUGCUGGUCGCCGGAUUUGCACCGGCGGUUCGUCAAUGCUCUUCAGAUGCUUGGUGGUUCACAAGUUGCCACCCCAAAGCAAAUCAGGGAACUGAUGAAGGUUGACGGUUUGACCAAUGAUGAGGUUAAAAGCCAUCUCCAGAAAUAUAGGCUGCACACAAGACGACCCAGUCCAAGUCCACAAGCGGCCGGAGCUCCGGCGCCGCAGCUGGUAGUCUUAGGAGGCAUCUGGGUUCCACCGGAGUACGCCACGGCGGCCGCUGCUGCCGCGCAUGGCGGAGCACAGGCCCUCUAUGGACCACACCCAACAACCUACUGUGCACCACCGGUGCACCAAGAUUUCUAUCCACCGCCGCCGCUGCCGCACCACCAGCUCCACCAUCAACACGCGCUACACCAGCAGCUACACAUGUAUAAGGCCGUCGCCACUGCUCAGGCCCACAGCUCGCCGGAAUCAGACGGCCGAGGAAAUGGCGACCGGUCGGAGAGUAUCGAGGAUGGCGGGAAGUCGGAGAGUGGCAGCUGGAAGGUGGAGAGCGGCGGAGAGAAUAAUGGCGGCGGCGGAGAGAGAAAGGGAAACUUGGCGGCGCUGAGGCAAGAGACCGGAGACGAGAGCAAUGGGAGUGAAAUUACACUCAAGUUCUGAGGCUAAUUAAGUAAUUAAUUAUAAUGUGAUUAGGGGUUUAGACUAAUUAAUUUUAAGAGCUAGGUUAUUAUAUAUAUAAUAGAGAGAGAGUUUUUUUUUUUUUUCCUUUUUUUUAAUUUUAUGUCAUUUUAAUUUCUAAUUAAUUCUUAUUAACUUUUGAACCAAAAAAAUAUUUGAUGAUGGUGAAGAAAGUGUAAAAGGAGGGCAUAUAAUAUAAAAAUAAAAGUGCCCAAGUGUUUGUUUGUUUUCUUUUUUGAUCCUAAA